AUGCCUCCCAGAAGACAAGCAGGCAGGCCGAGAAGGUACGCGCAAGUACCAGGGCAGGUACCUAGGAGAGACCAGGCUGGGGGAGCAGGAGCACAACCGCCACCUCCUCCACCACCGCCUCCUGCAGUGCCGGAGAGGCGAGUGGAAGAAACAUUUCUCAAACAGAACCCACCUGUGUUCAAGGGUCUGGGGAAUCCUGCUGCAGCAGAGACCUGGGUGCGUGCGAUCGAGCGCAUCUUUGAUUUUCUUCGGUGCACCGACAGAGAGCGACUCUCAUGUGUGAAGUUUCAGCUGGUUGAGUCCGCCGACUUCUGGUGGGAAGCCAGGCGAAAAGUUAUGACUCGUGAACAGUUGGAGCACCUGACCUGGGAGGAGUUUAAGAAUGAGCUGUACGGCAAGUACAUCCCCAAGAGCUACCGCAAGGCCAAAGAGGUGGAGUUUUACAGUUUGAAACAGGGAAAGAUGACAGUGACCGAGUACGAUAGGUUGUUCUAUGACAUGUCACGCUAUGCGCCUGAACUAGUAGACACGGACGAGAAAAUGGCCGAAAAGUUUUGUACUGGCCUGAGAUCGGAAAUAAGAAUGGCUCUGGCCAGUCAUGGAGGUCUGUCUUAUGUCGAGUCAUUGGGCCGGGCCCUGGACAUUGAGGCAGCUAUGCCCAAAGAGAGGCCGACGACACAUGUCACCACUGCUCCACCGCCGCCACAGCAGCGGUUCCCUCGAGAAAAGAGGAAAUGGGAAGGAGACCGAGUCCCGACUGAUGCUAAGAAACCACAGUUUGCCCCUAAGCCACAGCAGAACCGUUGGUACCAAACUGCCCCAACUCCAGCUGCGGAGCGCGGAGCCCAGGCACCUCUAUGUGCGAGAUGCUCGAAGAGACAUGACGGCGAGUGUAAGGCCGGGACUGGUGGAUGUUUCCACUGCGGGCAGAAGGGACAUUUUGCCAGAAACUGCCCGAGCAAGGCGACUGGAAUGGGAGGACAGCGUCCGCAACUGCGGGCACUCCAGGUUGAACCAAGGAGAGAGAAUGCGAUGCUCCCUGCACCACGUCCUCAGCGACAGCUACGCCCGAGACUUCCCCCACAGGCAAGAGCCUUCGCACUGCAGCAGAAGCAGGCCAGGGCCGAGGAAGGGAAACGGGAGCAAGGCAAUUUGGCAGGUAUGGGAACUCUCCUCAACAUACCAAUCGCCCUUUUGUUUGAUACCGGUGCAUCACACUCCUUUAUAUCAACAUCUUGUGUGGAUACUUUGAACUUGCCUACGGAUGUGAUGGAACAUAGUAUGAGGGUGUCCUCACCCGUAGGAGGCCUGAUAGAUAUCACACGAACGUGCUCAAACAUAAAAUUUUCCAUGGGAAACCUGAACCUAGUAGCUCAUAACUUACAUGUGAUGUUGAUGUGGAGCGUCGACAUUAUACUAGGAAUGGAUUGGUUAGCCGAGAACUACGCCACAAUCCGUUGUAAGGAGAGACAGAUAGCGCUACAAUACCCUGGGACAGAACCCGUAAUGUUUCAUGGGAUCUCCAUGAGGAAACGAAAAUCGAUUAUUUCUGCCCUACAAGCAACAACCAUGAUGAGGAAAGGAUGCCCUGCAUACCUCGUCUUUUUGAACGAAGAAGAGAAAAAGGACAAGAAAAUUGAGGACGUGGCAAUAGUACGAGAAUAUCCUGAUGUAUUCCCAGAAAAGCUACCAGGCUUGCCACCAAACAGGCAAUUGGAGUUCAGCAUCGAUCUGGAACCAGGAUCAGCUCCAAUAUCAAAGGCGCCUUACAGAAUGGCACCAAGGGAGUUAGAGGAACUCAAAAUGCAAUUACAGGAACUACUAGACCUGGGCUUCAUUCGACCCAGUGUGUCGCCGUGGGGCGCACCAAACAAGUAUCCUUUACCGAGAAUCGACGACCUCUUCGAUCAGCUGCAAGGAGCUGGAGUGUUCUCGAAGAUGGAUUUGAGAUCGGGUUAUCACCAGUUGAGAGUUCGACAAGACGAUAUACCAAAGACUGCGUUCCGCACCAGAUAUGGCCAUUAUGAAUUUACGGUAAUGCCUUUUGGGCUUACCAAUGCUCCAGCUGUGUUCAUGGACCUAAUGAACCGCGUGUUCCACCCGUACCUGGACAAGUUCGUUCUGGUCUUCAUAGAUGAUGUGCUCAUCUAUUCGAAGAACGAAAAGGAACACGAGGAACAUUUGAGAGCCACCUUGGAAACAAAGACAGCGCCUCAAGCAGCUGUUUUCCUCACACAAGAGGAAGAGCUUAUCCGGGAAUUCGCCAAGAUGCGGCUGGAAAUAGUAAGAGCCCCGGGGACAGUGGACAGCAGAAUAUCCACCUUGGUCGUAGAACCAGAUUUAAGAGCCAGAAUUGUGGAAGCCCAGAGAGACGAUGACGCUCUAGAAAAGAUCCGUCUCAGAGUAAGGACGGGAAAAGGGGAAUACUACCGCGAAGAGGCGGAUAAUGCUCUCGUCUUCAAAGGGAGAUUAUGCGUACCCAACGAGGAGGCGCUUAGGAACGAGAUCAUGAGUGAAGCUCAUGAGACACCCUACACUGCCCACCCUGGAAGUACAAAGAUUUGA